AUGUCCUUUCUCUCCCUGCCAGGACGGAAACUCACGGUAAAUGCCAACGGAAGCUUUGGACCGGAGUUUCUAGGUCGUCAUGGCGAAUUCAACCCUUUGGUGACCCUUCCACCACACGAAAUUCUCCACCUCCAUCACGCCAUUUCCAGUCACGUUUGCGCUGUACCUUUGGAAAUUGGCGAGCUUUGUCGAAGGCUGCUCAGAUGUCCUCUUCAUUCUCAACAAAAGAAGUUAAGUGUGGAAAGAUCCAAGGACUACUGGGUGCUUUUGGAGGAGGCCAUGGAAGACCCGGGAAAGGCUGCACAUUCACGGAAAAUGGUCAGAUUGUACUUGGACUACCAGCUGUUCUGGAAACGAAAUCCUGGAUCUAUUCGACCUCCAUGUUCUAGAGACUCCUGUGAAAGCAGCUCCACUUUAGCGCCUACCAAAUCGUUGAAGUUGGCUUACCUACGCAAAAUAUCAAAAGAACUGGGGUCGAAGCUUCUAGACUUUGUUGCUUGUGUUCAUUACCGCCUACGGUCUGUGGACGAGGCUGCUCUUCGGGAAAACCAACUACGGCUCGAACUCUUGGAUACAGAAAUAGAAAUCUCUUGA